AUGGAUGAAGUUGCUACCAAUGAGUAUCCUUCACAGCUUGUGAGGCUGUUUACUUCUAUGGAUGAAGAUGCAAAGCAUUUUAGACAAUAUGUGCGAUUAUACAACAAUUUAUUUGCUUUUACUUCAUUAGGUGGGAAUUUUGAUGCUAAGACGAAAAAAGUUACUGAAUCAACACAGAUUAUGAUAAAUAAAACUACAGUUCCGGAUCAGCCUGUUUAUAAUGCUCCUACAACAGAUGAGGUUGCAGUAAUUUGGCCGGAGAGCACAUCUUCCAGUGAAUCUGAAAGUCCACACAUAUUGGGCCUUAAAAAAAUGUCCAAGGGUGGAAGACAGCAGAUACAGUCUCAACCAGAUCCUGUUGCUCAAUGCAGUGUGCACACUACUGAGGACUUAUUAAAAAAAGAGACCAGACGUGCAAAUGGCAGUUCAUCUAAGACUGAUAAAAAUAUUUCAGCACGGGAAUACUACGCAUAUAAGCUUCAAUGUCGGCCUAAUAAUUUAGUACUUAGAUCUGGUAGGUGUUUUCAACAAUAUAUAGUUGAUAAGUAUGUAAAGGUGGAGAACACACGAUUGGAUUUCGUUCGUACAAAUCAACAGACAAUAAGGGUUGAUCUUUAUCAAGGACUUCUUAAUACUAUUAACUGUGGUGAAAAUUUUGCUAGGUAUGGUAAGCCUGAUCUAUUCAUAACAAUGACAUGUAAUGCCAAUUGGCCAGAAAUAAAACAAGAGCUUGCUGUUAGAGAAGAUGCACAAAAUAGGCAUGAUUUAGUUGCAAGGAUUUUCAGAGCAAAGCCAGAGUUCAAAAUCAAGUGUCUUACUGAUUAUGAUAAAUAUGUGUUUGCCAAAAUACCAUAUGUUGAACAUGCAUAUCUAAGGCAAAUUGUGAUUAAACAUAUGAUGCAUGGCCCAUGUGGUCAUCUAAAUCCAGAAUGUCCUUGCAUGAAGCAUAAAGAGGAUCCUGAUUAUUGCAAAUAUGGCUAUCCAAAGAAAUUUUGUGAUGAAACUAGGAGUAACAGUGAUGGAUAUCCUCUGUAUCGAAGAAGAGCAACAGAAGAAACUGCUAGAGUCCGGAAUGUUGUUAUGGAUAAUAUAUGGGUUAUUCCAUAUAAUCCAUAUCUUUUAUCAUACUUCAACUGUCAUUUAAAUGUCGAAGUUUGUUCUACUAUAGAGGCAAUUAAAUACCUAUAUAAAUAUGUCUACAAAGGACAUGAUAGGAUAUCUUUCAAUAUUGUUGAAACAAGAUAUGGUGCACCACUGCAGGAUGAAAUUGAGCAAUAUCAGUCUGGUCGUUGGAUUUCACCUUGUGAGGCUGCAUGGUAG